UACACCAGUAGCAGUAGGCUACGGCUACAGUGGAGUGGUACCGGUACCGGCGCGGGGUCAACUCAUUUUGUUCGUGUCGUGUCGCAAUCGCGUUAGUUUCGCGAUACGACGAUACUUUCCUGUAACCUUGUAGCAUUGACCUCGAAGUGGGAUCAGCCAAGCAUCAACAUGAGCUUCCCUGAGUCCGUGGAAGACGUCUCUAGGGUUGUGGAAAGGUACGGGCUAACCGAUGAAGAGGUGGAGGACUGGGCCGACUCUUUAGGCUGCUUAUUGGACCAGCUUAUAACAUCCAACCAAUGCCUUUGGACCCAAAAGGAGAACCUGAGUCAUCAAGUUUAUGAGGCAGAGAAUUACAGCAAGAAGUGCAGCGAGAUACUGGAGGAACUCAAGGGGAGGGUGAAGAACGACCAGACUCUCCGAGUGAUCGUGGAGAUCCUAGAGUGGGAGCACUCCCUAGCUGAGAAGAUGGCCGAGGACCUGCAGUUGCAGUUGGAUGAAACUACAAAAAUUCUGUAUGAGGUGGAUGAGCAUUGUGAAACGAUAAGUGAGUACACGCAACGCCUGAGAGGAUACCUCGGACCUGAAGAUGAGGAGUGGGGUGUAAACAUAGAUGAUGAGGAGUCAAGCUGUGAGGAUGGGGAUGAAGAGAGAAAUUGCGAGGAUCAGGAAAGGAAUCAGGAGGAUGAGGAUCAGGAGAGACAUGUGGAUAAUGAGGGAGGGGAGAGGAACUGUGAGGAUCAUGAAAGGAACUUUGAGGGUGAUGUUAGGAACUGCGAGGACCAGGAGAGGAACAGUGAGGAUAAGGAUAUGAACUUCGAGAAUCAGGAAAGAAACUGUGAGGAUCAGGAGAGGAACUGUGACGAUCAGGAGAAGAACUGUGUGGAUCAGGAGAGGAACUGUGAGGAUCAGGAGAAGAACUGUGUGGAUCAGGAGAAGAACUGUGUGGAUCAGGAGAGGAACUGUGUGGAUCAGGAGAAGAACUGUGUGGAUCAGGAGAGGAACUGUGUGGAUCAGGAGAAGAACUGUGUGGAUCAGGAGAAGAACUGUGUGGAUCAGGAGAGGAACUGUGAGGAUCAGGAGAAGAACUGUGUGGAUCAGGAGAAGAACUGUGUGGAUCAGGAGAGGAACUGUGUGGAUCAGGAGAAGAACUGUGUGGAUCAGGAGAAGAACUGUGUGGAUCAGGAGAAGAACUGUGUGGAUCAGGAGAGGAACUGUGUGGAUCAGGAGAAGAACUGUGUGGAUCAGGAGAGGAACUGUGUGGAUCAGGAGAAGAACUGUGUGGAUCAGGAGAGGAACUGUGAGGAUCAGGAGAAGAACUGUGUGGAUCAGGAGAAGAACUGUGUGGAUCAGGAGAGGAACUGUGUGGACCAGGAGAAGAACUGUGUGGAUCAGGAGAGGAACCUCGGGGACGAGGAUUGAGGAUCAUGAAGAUCAGCUGACUAAUGAAUAAGGGGAUAUGGUUUAUCACAAGCAUUUAAUCAUGUAAAAAGCAGUUACAAAGAUAACUAUACUACUCAUGAUUGUGGGCUACAGCUUUAAGCCUUUAACCUAGCAUCUCUAAGCCAUGCAUUGUCAAGACAAAUUAUUGAUCUCAAGAUUGGCGUGUAAGGAUACAACCCGGAUGACAAGAUAAAGUGUUUGGCUCAACAAUAUGAGGAGAUUCUUUAGAACCUUCAAACAAGCCUACCAAGAGAUCGUCAGGAACCUGGAGACGCUUACAUGCCAACAAACAUAUCACUGUAAAUAGAUGAAAAACUUGUAAAUAUAUUGUUAUUGUUAGUAAAA